UUAUAACACUUCGUACCUCAGCAUUUUUUUGUAUUUGCAACCCUUACCGAAAGGUUAUGUCACAACAUCAGCUGUGCUCUUUUCUUAUUACAUUUUCUUUCACCUGCAUUCGCUAAAAUGAACUUUUUGAAAAAGCUUGGUCCUUUACUCGAAGCAGCUCAGACUCAAUACUUUAAAAAUGCUUCUUUACAUACAACUGCGGUGUGCUGUAGAGUUCAAGCAGGUCGCUACCGUAUAACCACAAAACGAAACAGACCACUUACCUAUGAGAUGGCUAAUCCACCUCACUAUAUAGGGCACAGAAAGUCGUGGAAUUCAUGGAACACAUCAACAAUGUUGGAUGGGUUGCGCCCUUCUCAAUCUGCCAUUGAAGAUGUGUUUCUGCGCAAAUUUAUGGUCGGUACAUGGCAUGAUUUAAUUUGCUCUGAAGUCAUUAUAAAACGACAGCACAAUAUGAUACGAAUAGCUGUUAUUAUUCGACAAGCGAUUAGUGCUCGAAAGAUGUAUUUUCUUAUUGGCUACACUGAAGAGCUGUUAUCUUACUGGAUGCAGUGCCCCGUUACAUUAGAAUUGCAAACAGUGACAGAUAAAAAAGAUGUAGUUUUUAAAUAUAUUUGAAUUUGAUUAUUAAAAAAGGAAAAAUAAAAAAGUUAUAUUAGCUAAAUUUUUUA